AGAGAGAGAGACAAGGUCGGCACCACAUCCUCGACUGGAUCUGAACAUGGCGACCGACACAGAGACGCUCUCUCUGCCGACCACGACGGCCCCUACCGAGGUCGCCGCGUCGACGUGCCUGCCUCACAACGAGCACCAGUGCCGAGGAGUCAAGAGAGAGUGGUGUGCCGAUGAGUGGGACACGGGCAUCGCCGCCAGCCUUCACUUUCCCGCCCAGCUCGGCGGCCCGAGCAACUGCAACUCCGCGACGAGCCCCCAGCACCAGACACAGCAGCCUCAGCACCAGCAGGACCAGGGAGGCGAUGCCACGGUGACGGGCAAGUACGUCGCGCAGCUGAACCCCGACGAGUGCGAAAGGCCUCUGAAGCGCAGGCCCAGCUCCGAUUGUUGGCUAACAUCCAGCCUCUUGUCCUCCUACAGGAGCGUAGAGGAGGCUUGCAAGCGCUCGCUCGAGCACUUUCCCUGUCCGAGCGUCUCCUUCGCCAUGCCGACGCUCGAGUUUGACUUCCGCAUCGCAGUCGCUCUCAACCCGGAGCCUUCCCGGAUCGAGAACCGCGUGCAAAAGGAGAUCACCACCAUCAAGGGAGGCAGGUGGUCCGGGUCAUUUGGCAACGGCCGAGUCAUGGCGGGCGGAUAUGAUCUCGGGCAGGCACGGGGCUUUCGUCCCAUUCGCAUCGUCGAGGGCGCAUUUGUCUUGCAAACCACCGACCAGCCUCCGGCCAUGCUGGAGAUGCGCACGCGAGGGUCCUUGUCGGGCCCGUGUGACGUCCUCGAUACCCUGCUCAGCGCGCGGGAAUCCAAGGACAACAUCGAUCCCCGGCAGUACGGCUUUCGGACCUUUGCCACGGUCAAGACUGCGGACAAGCGCUAUGCCGAGUUCGUCAACUGUGGGCUCUGGGUCGCCAGUGGUGUGUGGCGAGGCGAAGAGCUGAUUAUCGACGCCUAUCGCCUCACAUGAAUAUGGC